AUGGGUCUUUUCCCGCUGGAGGAGAUUAUCGUUUGCCCUCAGACCCCUCCCAUGCGCUCGCAUAACCCAGUGCCGCUCAAUACUGGGUUUGGUCGCGGAUACUGAGACCCUGUAAAAAUGGCGGUUGCUUGGCCUUGUCUUUGCACGGAAAGAUGGUGUUUUUUGUUUAUUGUGGGGGAGCGGUUGACUCCCAUUAUUCUCCUCUGCGAGGAUGACGGCGCAAAAGCCGCUCCCACACCUCGGGCCUUGUGUAUACUUAUUGCCCACCCCAACCCCCUUCUUUCUUUGCGCUGUCUUGUAUUAUGUGUUUGUUUGGUUUCUUUUGUGCGGGCUAAUUUUUCUUUGUUUCGCUCUGCGAUCCGCUGGAGGAAAAAAAACUGUAGUGCAUUUUCAUCCUGCCUUCUCUGCUCGCGCGUGCGGGGAGAGGAGGGGGGCAUGGUUUGUUCUUUCAUUUAAUGGAGAAUGGAACGUGUGGUAUUUUUGGUGCAUUAAUUUGUCUUGUGGGGUGUAUUUUAUUAUCCGUUUCUUUUUUGUACAAAUUGUCCCACAGCAAUAUUUUUCAUUCAUUUUUAUUCCCAGUACUCUUGCACUAUGGAUACUGUGGCAUGGUCACAAAUGUUUUAGUCUUAUUUUUGUCAUUUUUUACUCAUUUCACGUCUUCAUCACACCCCCUUUCCCCCUCCGCUUAUCACUUAAUUCUCUCGCCAUCAAAAGAGCACCAGCAUCAAACCAGCCAACGCACGUAAAAUAGCCACCAACCUGGCUCUUCUCUUAACACAAACACAAAACGCACGCACCACCUCUUUGUUCAACCUGGGCCGUAUUCUGAUCUCUAGCUUUUUAAGUGUCUUAUUUUUUAUAUUUUGUUUGCAUAUAAUACCUUCUCUCUUUUUUACUCGUGAGGCUUGUAAAUAACACAAUCCUAAGCCAAAAUGUAAAUGUAAUGAAAUAAAUAAGUGACAAAUGAAAUAUGAAUUAUGAAUUAUGAGGUU